AUGUCGAAAAUCAACAAUCUUGAGUUUGCUGCCCUCAAUCUCUCCGGAGAUAAUUACCUCCAAUGGGCACUUGAUGCCAAGAUACUCUUGAGGUCCAAAAACCUUGGUGAUACUAUCACUGAAGGCACCGAGCCAUCGGUCAAGAAUAAAUACAUGGCCAUUGUUAUCAUUCGCCAUCAUCUGGUUGAAGGUCUUAAAGAUCAGUACCUCACUAUUGAGGAUCCUCUGGAACUAUGGACACAGUUGAAAACCAGAUAUGAUCAUCAGAAAACUGUGAUCCUGCCAAAGGCCCUUUAUGAUUGGAGGAACCUAAGAAUCCAAGACUAUAAGUUUGUGGAAGAGUAUAACUCGGUUAUGUUCAAGAUAGUCUCCAAGGUGAAAUUGUGUGGGGAGACUAUCACUGAUGCUGAUAUGCUGGAGAAGACAUUCUCCACAUUCCACACCAGCAAUAUGUUGCUUCAGCAACAAUACCGAGAAAAGGGUUUCUCCACUUAUGCUGCCUUAGUCUCUUGUUUGUUGCUUGCUGAACAGAACAAUGAGUUGCUCAUGAUGAACAGUGAGCUAAGGCCACCUGGUGCUAAAGCAUUGCCUGAGGCACAUGCGGCCAUAGAGCCAAAAGAUGAGACUCCAAGAGAGUCAUACCGAGGUCGUAUGAGAGGCCGUGGAAGAUGGCAAGGAAGUAACCGUGGGUUUCAACCACGAGGUCGUGGGUUUCAGCCACGAGGACGUGGAUUCUAG